UUUCCUCGAUGACGUAAAUGGAAAAGAAACGAACUGCGGGUUUAAUCGGCGGCUCGGUGUAGUGUUGGGUACAGAGUAGCAGGGCCGGAAAACGAAUCAGAUCAUCCAGCCGACUGAGGGACUGUGUGUGUGUCCUGUUCAUGACUGUGCUGAAGAAAAGGCUUCCAUGGGGGAGUUUGUUGAAUAAACAGUGUACACGGCAGCUCUCAGUGUAACGCCCUGUUCUUAUGAAGCUCUUUACACCAACACUGAUCCGGUUUAAGACAGGCCGCUUGAGAAGGCGAGGAGACGAGCAGCUCAUCACAGCCGUGUGAUUGAACCAAAGCAUCAGAGGACAUUUGAGCCGAGGACGAUCUCAGCCGGAGGACAUAUUCUCUAGUGUAUAUUACAUUUCGUAUUGUUUAAUAAGCUGACAUCUAUGUUUUUGUUUUUUAAACUCAAAAACCCAUUUUGUAAUAAAUGAGCACAUUGUGGGGUCUCUAGCAUUGGAAAUGAUACAUGUUUACUUGAUUGUUUGUUAAUCAGCCUGCUCGAGUGUUACAAGAACAAACCCGUAGGACGCCAAGGGGAUUUUUUUUUAGUUUCUCUUUCCGUUGCCUCAACCUUGUUCAUUGAGGGUAAUCUCUGUUUCUAUUGUUUCAUGAGAAGUACAGAACAAAGGUGUGACUGUGUGACGGGAAUCUUUCACUAGCGUCAGUAACUGGAUAUCUGAAAAUCUGACUUAGGACAAUACAGUUUUGGGUUUUUUUUUUUUUGGGCAUCUGAAGUACUCGUUCACGUAGUCAUUAAGAAGCCUGACACUAAAAUCAGAGUUUGUAUUCAAAGAUUAUUUUGGUUCAAGGUUAGUAGAAUUUUAUCAGGACAGGAUCUAAAGGAAAUCAGAUCGUUCCUGGGCAAUGGGAUCAGAAAAAGACUCUGAAUCGCCCCAUUCAUCCGUCAGUGGCAUUCCCAAUCCUAAAUGUCGUGGUCCGGGCAAGAAGCAGAACAGGAUCUCUUUCACCAACCUCUUUCACAGCAAGCGUGGUUCCAGGAGGAGCAAAACUAAUUCUGGGACACCUUUAGCGCAACAGCACAACCAGCAGCAACAGCAGCUCCUUCAGCCACCCACUCCAACUGCUGCCUCCCCGGACCCUCUUAACGCUGACUCUGCUGAGCCUUUAUCCUCCAGCCAGGCCUCUCUGGGAGGUCAGGAGCUCCUCGAGUGCCCAUUAUGUCUGGUGCGCCAGCCGCGGGAUCAGCUGGCAGAGCUUCAGGGCUGCAGUCAUCGUUCUUGCCUUUGCUGCCUGCGCCAGUACCUGCGCAUUGAAAUCACAGAGAGCCGCGUGCAGCUCAGCUGCCCCGAGUGUGCUGAGAGGUUGGCGCCCAGGCAGGUGGCACUCAUCCUGGAUGACGCUGCCUUGCUUGAAAAGUAUGAGGAGUUUCUGUUAAGGCGAUGCCUCGCCUCAGACCCCGACUGCCGCUGGUGUCCGGCUCCAGACUGCGGGUUUGCCGUCAUUGCGUCAGGCUGUGCCAGCUGCCCCAGGCUUGUAUGUCGCAGGGAAGGCUGUGGAGCCGAGUUCUGCUACCACUGCAAGCAGGCCUGGCAUCCGAACCAGACGUGUGACUCGGCUCGGCAGCAAAGAGCACUUUCUCUGAGAACACACAGCAACCACUCACCCAGUUACGCAGCCGAGCAAGGGCCAACUGAUGACAUCAAGCCCUGUCCCCGAUGUGGCGCCUACAUCAUCAAAAUGAAUGAUGGGAGCUGUAAUCACAUGACCUGCGCCGUGUGUGGCUGUGAGUUUUGCUGGCUGUGUAUGAAGGAAAUCUCUGACCUGCACUACCUCAGCCCAUCAGGUUGUACUUUCUGGGGAAAAAAGCCAUGGAGUCGAAAGAAAAAGAUUCUCUGGCAGCUUGGCACUCUGAUCGGUGCGCCAGUUGGCAUCACGCUGAUCGCUGGCAUCGCGGUGCCUGCCAUGGUCAUCGGCAUCCCGGUUUAUGUUGGAAGGAAGAUAUAUGCUCAUUAUGAGGGGAAGAAGAACUCUCAGCACAGGAGAAACCUGGCCAUUACUGGAGGUGUAGCCUUGUCGAUCAUCACAGCCCCGGUUAUUGCGGCUGUCAGUGUUGGUAUAGGCGUUCCCAUCAUGUUGGCAUACGUGUAUGGUGUGGUGCCAAUAUCUCUGUGCCGUGGUGGUGGCUGUGGGGUUAGCAGAGGGAAGGGACGAGGCGUCAGGAUUGACUUUGAUGAAGAUGAUGGACCUAUUACAGUUGCAGACGCAUGGCGAGCGCUGAAGUCUCCCAGUCUUGGUGAGAGCAGCCUAGAAGGAGCAGCCAGUGGCCUUAGUACCACCUCGCCUAGUGAAGGCCUGUCUGUGGCCCCCGGGGGUCUCGUCGACACGCCCCACUUCAACACACUAGCCGGAGGAGCUCUUGGAGCCCGGACAGGAAAAUACAGCAGGCUGGAGGUUCAGGGGACCGAGAUUGGAAAGGAAAGUGUACAUAGAGAGACUGGAAGCUUGGGAGCAGCCAGUGACUGCGCAAGCACUCGAGGCAUGGCAGGAUCCAUUACCUCCUCAUACACAAUACCCGAUAGAGAAGGCACAAACCUGGAGAUUCAAGUGGACAUUGAAACCAAACCCAGCCAUCUGUGUUUAACCAGUGAGGAGGAUCUGGCUCCUCGUGCCUGUGCCAUGGCUGCUGCCUCGGCAGAGGAGCCUCAAGACUGCAGCUCUCGUCGAGGGAGGGUUUUAUCCCGCUCAUCUCUGGGGCUGUCAUCUGGAGGCUCGCUCAGAGAGGGGCUCGGUGACGUGACGCUGGCUCAGCCCGAGAGCAUCCGGAGCGACCUGGAGACGUCCGAUACGCAGUCAGACGACAUCGCCGAGCUCACUUCAGAGGACUGCGACUCUCCUAACCCUCCUCCUCAGCCCACCUGCCGAGCCCAGAACUCCACCGACGGCCUGCACUGCCCAGAUAACGUCAUCCUUUCUGUCUGAAAGGACCAGAGAGCUUUGACUGCUUUUUUCGUAUUAUUAUUAUAAUUAUUGUUAUUAUUAUUAUUAUUAUUAUUAUUAUUAUUAUUAUUAUUAUUAUUUUUAAUAUAAUAAGUAAGAUAGCUUACAUGCUCUCUGGGGAAUUGUGGUGGCAUAGGGUCUGCCUGUUGCUCUGUCUGUCUCGUUUAAAUUACCGACAGGGCUCUACCUCUACGAUUCAUACUGUUAGUUAUCCAUGCACAAACUGGUGCAAAAAAUGCCUUGGCUAUUGAAGCAAAAAUAAAUGAAUAAAUAAAUAACCAUUGCGGCAAGAUUAUUCCUGUCCAGAGGGACUAAAAAAAAAAUAAUACCAGAUAAGUAAUACUGAAAAUAGUAUCAAGCACACAUUUACAAUUUGUGAGGGACUCUGGAAAGGGUCCAUAUAUGGACUGUCUUUUUUUUAUGUAUGUUGGGAGUGUGUGUGUGUGUGUGUGUGUGUGUGUGUGUGUGUGUGUGUGUGUGUGUGUGUUAUAUUUUUUUUAUUUAUAAGAAAGCAACCUGGAAAUUGUAUCAUUUGCUGUAUGCAUGUGUAUGUAUGCAUGACCCGCACUUGUAUACGAGGAUACAAGUAUAGUAUGUAGUAGUUGCACUGACCAAGUUUGCACAGUGAUAAGACGUAAACAGAUCUGCACGUGAGUCUCACCUGCACAGAGUGGAGGAUAGGCACUGUUACGUAAGAAACAAAAACGCCAUCAUUGUGGGGAAACGAGCAAUGACCGAGGAGCUGAUUAUUUUAAAAGGACUUUAAAAGGGAAGUGUUGUAUUCCUCUUAUACCACAGCCCACAAUUACAAAUUUCAUUUAUGUGUACUGAAGAACAACAUACUUUUUAUCCAUUUAUAAUUCCAUUUAAUCUUAGGGAACGUUUCCGAAACAAGACUUUCCAGUGUUGUGUGGAAAAGGAAGAAUCUCUUUCUAAAGUUUUUCCCCAAAUAACCUUUCACUCUCAUCGACAGGUACAUGUCCUUUUCUAAAUCUGUUGAUCUGGUGUGGCUGGUUAGUAUAACACGGUUUCUAAUUAGAACGUUCUGUCCAAUCCGAUGUGAGAAUUUAGCAGCGCUGUGGUUUAAAGAAGACGAAUCACUUCACAAGCAGACAGUUCCAGCUUUAAUCAUUGUCUGCCUGCCUUAGAGACAAACUCUCUCCAUCAUGCUUUCAGUCCCUUUCCCACUGACAACACUAUGCGUGCGUGUGAGUGUGUGUGUGAUUUGUGAGUUUGUAUUAAAUAGCAAAGACUUAAAGCAUCGACAGUUCAGACAGACAGACCACCUGAUGCACUUUUUUUUUUUUUUUGGUAAUAAAGCCUUGUAUUAUCAUGGACUCCCUACAAUGUGUUUGGACUUGAGCGUAUCUGAAUAAUAAAUUGAAACAAAUCAUUGGCUUCUUGCACUUUAUCCCAGUAUUUGUCAUUGCCCUGAAAGCUAGUCUUAUCUGUAUACGUAGGAUUCAUCUGAUUCAGUUUCUUUUAAUGAGAAAAUGUUUGAUUGUAUACUGUUUGUUUAUUAUUAUUAUUAUUAUUAUUAUUAUUAUUGUGGAAUGUAACUGAAUAUUAUACUUUUUUUCAUAUGCUGCAUUUUUUUGCUUCUUAUUUGUCUUCUAUUAUAAAAA